GCGCUGAGCGGGAACACACACACACACACACUCACACACAGCGGGGGAGUGAGGGAGAAGAGUCCGCUGCUGAGGAGUCGGUGUCCGGUCAAGUUGAAGUGGAGCAGCGCAGGUUUCUCCAGAGUGCGCGCGGUGCGUCAGCGGAGCGGCGCAGAGCGGAGCCGUGCGGCGUUUAUGGGUCAAUAUUUUUGGGGGAAAAUCCUGAAAGGAGGAAGAAGAAGAGUUGGUUUUUCUUCUGUGUUCUCUCGGUGACUCUCCGUCCUCUGCUGCUCCAAUGGAAUGGUUCUCUUUACUCGGAUUAUCGCUGCUCUGAACUCCGCGCUCCUCUCUGAGGCGGUGACUCCCGCGGCUCCUCCCGGGCUCCGUCCUGUGUCCGCGGCCGCCCGCAGCGCCUCCUCUCCGGUCUCCUCCGAGCUCCAGCGGUCGUUCAUAUGAGCGCAGCGUUCAGUCCGUCCUUCAUGGUGAUGCAGCGGCCACUCGGAAGCACCACCGCCUUCAGCAUCGACUCUCUGAUCGGGGGGCCCCCGCAGCCCAGCCCGGGACACUUCGUGUACACUGGCUACCCGAUGUUCAUGCCGUACCGGUCGGUGGUGCUCCAGCCGCCGCCCCCGCCCCCCCCGGCCCUGCAGCAGGCUCUCCCUGCCGGACACCACCCGCACCCGCAGAUCCCCGGCCUGCAGAGCGGCUUCUGCUCCAGCCUGGCGCAGGGCCUGACGCAGGGCAUGGCGCUCACCUCCACGCUCAUGGCGUCGCUGCCCGGCGGCUUCUCCCCGUCCCAGCAGCACCAGGACGCGGCCCGGAAGUUCGGCUCCGCACAGGCGCUGCACGCGGUCUUCGACAAGGCUCAGGAGCUGCGGCUGGAGGCGGAGGACGGGAAGGGUUUCCUGCCGGGGAAGGACGCGGCGCUGCAGGGUUUCCACGACGCGGACACGGCGGUGCAGACGGCCACAGUCAGAACACUCAGUAAAGAAGACUCCAAGGAGGACGAGUGCGGCCGGAAGGACGAGAGUUUCUCCAUGGACAGCGACCUGGACUACAGCUCUGAUGACAACCUCACCUCCAUGUGUCAUAAGGAGGACGGCGACGGCGGCGGCGCGGGUCUGGACGACGGCGCGCACCUGCACGGCUCCGGAGGCGGCGGCGGAGGCUCCGGAGGCGGCGGCGGCGCGGGGAGCGGCGGCGGAGGCGGCAAGAACCGGCGGCGGCGGACGGCGUUCACCAGCGAGCAGCUGCUGGAGCUGGAGAAAGAGUUCCACUGCAAAAAGUACCUGUCGCUGACCGAGCGCUCCCAGAUCGCGCAUGCGCUGAAGCUGAGCGAGGUGCAGGUGAAGAUCUGGUUCCAGAACCGGCGCGCCAAGUGGAAACGGGUCAAAGCCGGGAACGUCAACAACAAGUCCGGGGAGCCGUCCCGGAACCCCAAAAUAGUGGUCCCGAUCCCGGUGCACGUGAGCCGCUUCGCAAUAAGGAGUCAGCACCAGCAGAUGGAGCAGGCCAGACCGUAGAAGAAGAAGAGCAGCGCGAGACAAUGAGCCGCUUUCCGGUGACUGAAUCCCGUGUUGACGCUUUCAGACGAGAUGAAAUAAAAGUGGUUUAUUUCCUGCAGCUCAGAGCAUCAGCAAACCUCCGCGCUGCGUUUUCUACUUCACAGAAAGCAGAUUUAAAAAGCACAGUUGUUGUUUUACAGCAGAAUCUGACUGUGUAGGUUCAUUCUAACAGUAACUGAUGGUCGUGUUUCUGUAGUGGACGAAAAACCCGAGUUUGAGACGAAAAAAAAAAACAUUUACCGAACUCCAUUAGAUUUUCAUUAGACUUGAAUUCGGUUUAGUUUUAUUGGAAAUAAACUAAAAUCAAAUCAUAAAAUUAAAAUAUAAAAUCAGCUGAUUCGUAUUAAAUGAAGCCGUUUUUAAAAAGUCGUAUUUACAGAUAUUUUAAUAUCAUUUCUGAGUCUUGAAAAAAAGGUUUGAAAAUCCAACUUUUUCCCCACGGAGUUUGGUUUCAAUUACUGACACGGACGUUUCUGACAGGUCACAUUAACAGAGCCUUUAAUCACAUGUUUGACUCUGACAGUGUAAUUAGUUAAAGUGCAGCAGUGGUUUUUAUAAAAUUCCACCUUUUCUUAACGGAGUUUGGUUUAAACCAGUGAAAAUGACGUUUGGAUUCCAGAGCCCGUCUGAAAUUUAACAGAUUUGUUUUUUCAAAAGAUGAUUUCAGGGCCUCACUCUUCACAGGAAGUUUUGAAAAAAUACUAAAUUAAAGCCUCAACACGAGACUGAGUGACUCGUGAAGCUGCGCGUUUCUCUGCAGUGUUCGAAUCAAAUCUCAUCUUUUUUUUGAGCGACACCAAAAAACUGUGCGUAAAGACGCGCGGCUGAGGAGGAGGAGGACGCGAUGAAGACACAGAGACAUGUUGCUUCCUCCUUCCCGCCACAUGUAAAUACACUCGGGACCAAACUGAGGACAUCACCGUGGUUUGAAAACAUUUGUUCUUUGGGUUUUUACGAACCUCGUGUCUGUGCUACUGAAGACCUGAACCUCUCCCUCUCUCUGCUCUUUGGAUCAAACUGUUCUGCUUCCUUUUCUUUUCGUUUCGUUUCUUUUUUUGGACAAAGUGACGCUGCUAAUUUAUUUAUAUAAAAUUGUGCAAAAGUAACUAACAUUCCUCUGAAGAUAUACAAGUGUGAAUUAAAAGAUGAACCGUGACCAGA